AUGGUCGAAGAUCUCUCGCUGCCCAAGCUGGAGCCAGGCAAGAUCACAGUAGCGGGCUACCUGCUCAGACGAAUCCAUCAGCUCGGUUGUCGGCAAGUGCUAUCAGUUCCCGGCGACUUUACCCUCGCAUUCCUCGAUUAUGUCGUUGAUCCGUCGAGUGGACUGGAGUAUGUCGGGUGUGCCAACGAGCUCAACGCUGCCUAUGCAGCAGAUGGUUAUGCCCGCGUCAAGCAAGGUCUAGCAGCUCUCGUCACUACAUUCGGCGUCGGAGAGCUGUCUGCGCUCAAUGGCAUCGCGGGCAGUUACAGCGAGCACUUGCCUGUUCUACACAUUGUCGGCGCACCCUCGACAAAGUUGCAGGGCAAUCACGCCCUCCUGCAUCACACGCUUGGUGAUGGGCGCUUCGACGUCUUUUCCACGAUUGGCAAGCUCGUCACCUGCUCGAGCGCCAUACUCGGUGCAAAAUCGCUUGCGAGUCCGAGCUCGAUCAGUGCAGAGAUCGACCGAGUUCUCGUCGAGAUGAUGACCGAAUGCAGACCGGGAUACAUCUCAUUGCCGACGGACCUUGUGCCUCUUCAGAUCGAUGCUAAGCCACUCGAAGACGAAUUGACGCCACAAAGCAUUCAUAAACACCUCACGACGUCCAGUGUGUCCGAAAAGAUGGAAGACUUUGUGGUCAAUGAGAUUGGCAAGCUUUUCAAAGCUUCGCAACGCCCCAUCGUACUCAUCGAUGCAUGUGCGGUACGGUUCGGCGUACAGGAUCUGGCUAAGCAGCUCAUCGAAGCAACGGAUAUCACAUUCUUCACCACGCCUAUGGGCAAAUCUGCCAUCAGAGAAGAUCAUCCUCAGUUCGGGGGCGUGUAUGCAGGCGCGACAUCCGAGGACAGCGUGCAAGCUCAUGUAGAGCAAGCUGAUCUAACAAUCUCCUUGGGCGAAGUCCUGUCUGACUUCAAUUCUGGCUCGUUCACGUAUAACAUCCGGCCUGAUCAAGAGGUUAAGCUACAUCAUGGAUACACGCAGAUCCAAUACGCCACUUACAAGGAUGUCGGCUUUCACACGAUUCUACCCAAGCUGAUCAAAUCACUGGGCGCGAUAGCAAAGUCUACAAAGAAAGAAAAGAUUCCUCGACCAGAGAAUGCCGGUCAGGUGCUCGAGCAACCCAAAGAGAACUCGGAGAUCAUUUCGCAAGAUUACUUCUGGCCCACAAUGGGCAAGUUCUUUCAGGCAGGCGACAUCAUCAUCGGCGAAACUGGCACUUCUUCCUUCGGGCUACUCGACGUUCAAUUUCCGCCAGACGCGGUGUUUGUGUCUCAAGUCUUGUGGGGCAGCAUUGGCUACACAGGAGGCGCCGUACUCGGUUGCUCGCUAGCUGCAAGAGAGUUAGGCAAGAAGCAGCGGACUUUGCUCUUCAUAGGCGAUGGCAGCUUGCAGCUGACAGCGCAGGAGUUCAGCACGGUCAUUCGCCAGGAUCUUCAUCCCAUCAUCUUUGUGCUGAACAAUGAUGGCUAUGCGAUCGAGCGCUUCAUACAUGGCAUGGAAGCCAAGUACAACGACAUUCAGGGCUGGCAGUGGCAAAAGCUGCUAGAGCUUUUCGGACCAAAGGCAGGCAAGACGACCUCAGUGCGGGUUUCGACACGCACAGAGCUCGAGGCGCUCAUAGCAGACGCAUCGUUCGCUACGCUCGAGCAAACCCGUCUGGUCGAGGUCAUCUUGCCCAAGUGUGACGCACCUCGCGCGCUAAGAAAGCAAGCCGAGCUGACCGCCAAAGCCAACGCGGACUGA